UGGACCGGUCGAGUUUUCAUUUUGCUUUCAGUUUGUUCUGCGUGUUAAAAUCUAGUUUCCACUGACAAAGACACUUGAGGAUCAAGCACAGGAUGAGCCAAUAAAUCUGAAGUAUUUGCCAAACCCGGCCGAAUCCGCUUGAUGAAAAGAUGGCAAAACCUGCAAAUAUCAAAAGCUGUGAAGAAUUGGAACAACUGUUGAGUACAUAUGCAGAACAAAUACAGGAGCUGUGUCGUCUUUACAACACAAAAAGUGAAAAAGGCCCCAAAAAAAUUAUAAGGACUGCGGUAGAACAAAUCCAAAAGCUCUCCGAGGAAACUGAAGAUCAGUCAUUAUAUGUCUCAUCUAUACCCACUACUUUGGAAUCAGGAAUAGAAUUGAUAAAGAGAAUAAUACAGCAACGGGACAAUGAUUCUGAUGUUGUCCAGCCAUGUCGUUCCCAGAGUACGGCCAGAGAAGGAGAUCUCAGUGAUACCGAAAGACUUGAUGUGAUUCAGCAUGAUCAACAGAUGAUGGAACUCAUUAAAUACCAAACAAAACACCACAGAGAAUCUCCUGCAGUCCUACUGAUGUUUAAUAACUUCAGAAGAGUGUGCCAUAAAAUGGGCAUUAAUACAGCAUCAAAAAGACAAUGUCAAACUUGUGCCGAUGUCAGGUUCCAGGACUACGCUGAAUGGGACCUGAUUAAACCCUUUGUGAUCUCAGAGGGUGCACAGAUGAAGUACAGACUAAAGCUUAAACCAGGCCAUUAUGAAUGCAGCAGGACUGGUCUUCGUAUUGAAUGCUCCCGUUCUGUUCAGCUUGAGUAUCACAUCUGUGACUGGGAGUGUGUAAUUGAUUUUCUAGAAAUGCAGCAUUUUACACCGUGCGGCCCCUUGAUGGAUAUCGCCAUCAUCUCAGGAAAACUAAAGGCAGUCUAUCUGCCCCACUUUCUGUGUUUAGGUGGAUCUUCCAUUAACGAUGAAGUGAGGGUUGUUCAUGUUGAAGACAGUGGGAUUUCAUUUGAGAAAUGCACGAUAACUAGAUUCCAUGCCAAACUUCUGAACCACUCCUUCUCCCCGAAAGGUGUUCUUUUGAGGAGCGGCUUCUCUGUGAAUUAUCACUGCGAAACAUUUAUCUAUGAAACUCAGAAAUCAUUCCUGACACUUCAUGUGUACUUGAUUCCAAGUGAGAAAAAAAUGAUAGAGGCUGUUGAAAACAAUGAGAUUAAAAGCAAGACUAGACUCAUCUCAAAGCCAGGGCCCGUAUCCUCGCUUCAGACGAAGACUUGGUAUUCACUGAGGACGCUGAAUGAAAAUAAGGAAUCUGAAUGCAAAUUUGAAGUUCAACCCAAACAGUUAGAGCUCAAGUACAAGCCCAUAAAACCAGACUUCUUUGAAGUAUUCAUUGAUUCACCAAAGGACUUUCACCUUCAGCUGAUGCCACAACAUCACGAUGAAGGUGUAUGGGAUGCCAAAAUACGUCAAGAUGAUUACAGCCAGAGAGUUUCUUCAGUGGGUGAAGCAGAGACUGUAGAGACUGAUACAGCACAGAAACAAGAAAGCUGCAAAAAUGGUAAAGGCGCUGAGUUUGUGGAGAAACACAGGACAGAGUUGAUCCAACGGGUCUCACUGGUGAAGCCCAUUGCAGACGACAUGAAACCUCUGAUUGGCAAUGAAAAAUACAGAAUCAUCUUAAAAUCAGAAACAACCCAUGAUCAAAUGAGAGAGCUUCUGGGUUUCCUGAAGACAGCUAAACUGAAAGAGAAACUUUACCAAAGUCUUAAAAUACAUGAGCACUUCCUUGUUGAUGAUUUGGAGCGUUCUGGGUAGAUGCUCUUUAUGUGUCAGUACAAUUAAUUCAAUGUGGUUUAUUAUUAUUGUAAAGCAGACGGGUCAUUAAUUAUAUAAUAAGGUCUGGAGUGUAGUGAGAUAUGUUGUGUCUAACUUCAUGAGAUAUACAGUUCUGAUUGAUUUUUUCCCCUUGUUUUCUAUAUUUUGACACUGAAUACAUUUUCAGAAUAAAACCUAUAUGAAUACAUAAACACAAAUACUUUAACUUUGGAGAGAUUUUGGAUAGAUUAGGAAGGUAGAUAGUAUAGGCACUAUACCAAAAUAUCUUAAUUUGAAUAAUAUGUCUCUGGUUGUGGUUUCCAUAAUGUGCUUGAGCCAUAAAAACGGCUUUAUAAACUUUU